AUGUAGCUAAAAUUUAUAGUAUUUCACUCUGUUCUCAAACGCCAUUGCUUCUUGUUGUUGUGUUACCUUCCUUUCCUCAGAACUCAGAACCAUGGUGAUGGCGAAAUCCUUGUCUAGCAUCCUUUUCAAGGGAAUCGCAGCUCGUUCUCUCACCACACCGAUGACUAGUUCCUGUUAUCUUGGAAUGAGAAACUUCACCAAGGUGUCAGAUGAUCCCGACACACAUGAUGACUUCAAGCCAGCUAAUAAGCUCGAGGGUACUGCCAUUUCUUUGUCAAAUGUUGUUGAGCAGGAUGUCAAGGAUAAUCCUGUUAUGAUUUACAUGAAAGGUGUGCCUGAGUUCCCACAGUGUGGGUUUAGUUCUCUUGCAGUUAGAGUUUUAAAACAUUAUGAUGUUCCUUUGAGCGCAAGAAACAUUUUGGAGGAUGCUGAACUGAAAAAUGCUGUAAAAGCCUUCAGUCACUGGCCAACAUUUCCACAAAUUUUUAUUAAGGGAGAGUUUGUUGGUGGAUCAGAUAUUAUUCUUAAUAUGCAUCAGACUGGUGAAUUGAAGGAAAAGCUUAAAGAUAUUGUGUCCAAGCAGUAAAAGCACAAUCGAGAUGAUGAAAUUUGGAGGCGGCUGAACUGAAGGAAGAACUUAAAGAUAUUAUGUCCAAGCUGUAAAAGCUCAUGUGAGGACUGAGGUGAUGAAAUUUUAAAGAGAGGCAGUUUAGAUUUAGGCCUACUUUUGCUGAAAGAUGACAUUUUGUGACUUCUUUGUAUCAAAAUUUCUGGAUAGUAAUAUUAUGUACUUACAGCAACAGCCAUGCCUUUUCCAUUGGAUGGUGUUGGUUCCAUGAAUCCAUCUAAUGCCAUAAUGUUUGGAUAGUAUUAUGUUACUUGCAGCAAUAAGGUUACACUUCUUCA